GCGCCCUUCAUUUAUACCAAAGCAAACCAAAGACAUGAAAAAGUGCUGGUGUGCCGAAACUGUGUCCUGAUGACACAAAAACACUUAAAAAGUACUGGUAAAUUUGCCGGUUCAGUAUGUCAUUUUCACCAGCUAUCAUCCGAAUAGCUAGGCAGUUGGUUUUUCAACCAGCUUUCCAUAGAUACAAUGGUAAGCCCAUUUUUGCGUCAAACUUUAAAACAAGUCGGAAUCACUUGAGGUUUUCGCGAGCGAACACUUCACCGCUUCUGACAUGGUGGGGACUCCGAGCAAUGUGCACUCAUAAAGACGGUGACAAACAGGGUAAGGAUGGUGACAAAGGUGAACAGACAGCAGAGCAGACCCCACAGCAGACAACACAAGGGACAGAGAAUGUAAAGAAAGAAGACGAAAACAAUGUGGCCCAGGCCAGAAGUACAAAGUUGCCAACUGAAACUAAAACAGUCUCCUACAAAGACAAGAGAAGAAGAAUUGAUUACAGCAAGAAAUACACAGACAACAUCACCAUCACGGCAGUACGAGCUAUGAGCGAAUACUUACUAAAGUCAAGUGAUCUAGAGCAGCUGCGCAAGACGACGAGGCGGAGUCCCUAUGAGCAAGAAGGCAACUCAGAAGCGAUGAUGGUGUUUCUCAGAUCAGACGUUGAGGCAAAAGCAAUUGAGGUUUGGGGAAGUAAAGAGGCCUUGGAGUUGGAAAAGAAGAGAAGAAAACAGAGGGAAGACAUCUACAAGGAACAUGUUUUCCUGCUGAAGAGAGCAAUGAAGGAGUUUGACUCAUACUUUGGCGAAGCUAAACCGCCAAAGCCGAGUUUUUUUGAAGGAGCAGGCAAGGUUGUCAUGUCGGCUAUCAUCAUUAAUGCAGCCAACUUCUUGUUCAAGCUGGUAGCCUGGAUGUACAGCGGUUCCUCCAGCAUGUUCUCAGAGGCCAUCCACUCGGCUGCCGAUGUGUGCAACCAGGUCAUCCUGGCCUUGGGCAUCAGGCAGUCCAUCAAGGGACCAUCCCCUGAUCAUCCGUACGGGUUCACCACUAUUCGCUACGUGUCUUCCCUCAUCAGUGGAGUGGCCAUCUUUUGCAUCGGCGCCGGGUUGUCCUGCUACCACGGCAUCAUGGGAUUGAUUCAUCCCGAGCCAAUGGAAUCGCUGCUGUGGUCGUACUGUAUUCUCGCUGGUGCGCUCCUCACAGAGGGAGCCACUCUUUCCAUUGCUUACAAUGCCAUCAAGAAGGGAGCCAAGGAAAAGCAACAAAGCUUCACUGAAUACGUAUUACGUAGUCGAGACCCAAGCAUCAACGUGGUCUUAUUGGAGGAUGCGGCGGCAGUCUUAGGAGUGCUUGUAGCGGCUGGCUGUAUGGGGCUGACGUCAUGGACAGGCAACCCCAUGUAUGACUCGCUGGGCUCUCUAGCGAUUGGAUCUAUCUUAGGUUUCGUGUCUGUGUUCCUGAUCUACAGUAACACGGAGGCUCUGCUGGGCCGAUCCAUACCAGAGACUGAAUUACUGAAGAUAAGCAGUCUGCUGGAAAAUGACGUCAUGGUCAGGGGCGUGUAUGAUGUGAAAGCCACCGACAUGGGCGUGGGCACGAUCCGGUUCAAGGCGGAGUUAGACUUUGACGGCAAGGAGGUGACCCGUUCCUACCUGGACGGACAGGACCUGGAAAGCCUACUCAAGGAGUUACAGACAUACACAACCAUGGAGGAGAUCGAGGGAUUCAUGCUGAAGCACGGAGAGAGGAUUAUCGACAAACUCGGGGCAGAGGUGGACAGGAUUGAGAAGGAAAUCAAGAAAUUGAACCCAGACGUGCGGCACGUGGAUCUCGAGAUCUUGUGAGUGGUCGUUAACAGGGAUGGCAUUCUGAAAUAAUCUCACCGACGUGCAAUACAUGAACGCAAGGACCGGUGUCCGGUAUGGGACCAUUGACCAGUACAGUGAGUGUAAAAUGUACAUUGCAGAUGUGUGUAUUAAGUAAACAGGGCCCAAAUUCAUGGCACUGGUUAUUGUUAACCGAAAUUCUAUUCUGCGCAAAUUCUGUGCCGAGAGUUGGCGUAUUCGAUGGAAUAGUGAGGAAUUUUGGCUGGUGCGCAUGUGUAUAUCCCAUAACUGAGAAUUCUGUGCUUACAAGGUUAGCACAGAAUUUCUGUAACCAAGGAAUUGUUGUCAUAAGCACUAAUUUCAGUGUUUCACAGAGCAAAUUAAAUUCCUCAAGGCUACAUGCGCAUCAAUUGAGUAUGAUGAGAUUUUUGCAUGAACGAUUUGAAUAAAACUUUGAGGGAAAAUGUCAA